AUGGAUACAACCGUUGACUUCAGUCCCUACCGCGCCGAUGGCAAGCUUUACGGCUUUGUCUGUGUCGUCACAGGCGCUGCUCAACCUGUUGGACGGGCGAUCAUCGAGGAGCUGGCAGCACAUGGUGCCGCUUCCAUAUAUGCAUGUGACAAGACGGCCAGCGACGAAACGUUCAAGUCUCUCGUCGCCAAGGUGCACCAGGAUUACCCCAACUCCAAGAUUAUUCCAUACCCGUUCAACGUUGGCAAAGAAGAAGAGACUCUUGUUCUAAUUGACGAGCUGCUCAACGCCUUUGGACGUCUGGACAUCUGGGUGUCAUCGGCCGGCCUGCUGGGUCCCCCGUCCAUCAACGAAACGACACCGGCCGACCUCCAGCGAUGCUUCGAGGCGCAUUCCAUGGCGCCCUUCUUCGCGCUCAAGUAUGCGCCUCCGGCCAUGGCCAAACUGACGGAGAAGCAGUCUUACCCGAACGCAGCGCCCAAGAGCCAGAAAUACGGCAGCAUCAUUGUCAUCAGCAGCGUGGCAUCGACGUACGGCGGGUGCUGGGGACCUUGCUACACAAUGGCGGCCCACGCUGCGCUCGGUGUCGUGAAGGCUGGUGUUGCGGUGCUCAAGGGCUCAGGUGUGAGGAUUAACUGCAUUUCUCCGGGCCAGAUAGAUAUUGGUCUGGAUCUGAACGGGGUCGACAUGAAAGGGAUGAACUCCCAGUUCCCGCCUGCGAUCCUGCAAGGCAAGGAGGCAUCCGAGGCAAGCGUGGGCCUCGAGCGACCAGGCAGUCCCCAAGAGGUAGCUCGAGUAGCCGGGUUCCUAGCUUCGGGGUUCAGCUCCUAUAUCACUGGAGCAAACUUGGUGGUCGACGGGGGCUCUUCGACGUCGAGAGGAACGACUGGUCAUACGGGGAAUGUCCGUCCAAUCCGGGCCUUGAAUGUCAUGAAUAUUCGUCUCACACAUCACCCCCGAUUUCUCAUCUCACAACCUCAUCUUUUCACGCCCUCCUCUACACCUUUUUCCUCACUCACCCUCAAGAUGGGCUUUACACCCGAGAUUUUCGACAUUGCCAUUGAGUCUCAGGCGACCGAGACGGCCAAGAAGUACGGACUUACCCCAGCCGAGGUAACUGAGCUUCACCAAAGGGCAACGGCAGCGAAGGCCACGGCAUACUGCCCUUACAGCCAAUUCCGUGUGGGAUCGACACUUUUGUCCAAAGAUGGCCAGUUUACUUCUGGAGCCAAUGUCGAGAAUGCUUCUUAUCCUGUUGGCACAUGUGCCGAACGAGUAGCGUUUGGCAAGGCCAUCACCGAGGGCAUCCGGGGAUUCAAGGCCGUCGCCGUAGCCACCGACAUCGAGGCUCCGUGUAGCCCAUGUGGCAUGUGCCGACAGUUCAUCCGUGAGUUCGUGGAUCUGGAGACGCCUAUUCUCAUGUUCAACAAGGACGGAAAAUACGUCGUGAUGAGAUUGGAAGCACUUCUCCCGUUGUCAUUUGGCCCCGAGUACCUCCCGCCCCCAGAUGUUUUGGAGAAGGCCCGAGCCGGCCGAGUCUAG